AUGUCAAUUUUCUUUCCCGUUUCUGCGAUUAGACAACCCCACUCUCAAUUUGCCGCUUCUGCCAUUAGACAGACCCACUCUAAAGUAUGUAUUAUAGGUAGCGGACCUUCUGGAUUUUAUACGGCUCUUAGGCUCCUGAGAAGAUCUAAAGAAAUCCAUAUUGAUAUCUUAGAGGCCAGAAGAGAGCCUUUUGGACUUAUUAGAUAUGGGGUUGCCCCAGAUCAUCCAGAGGUCAAAAAAUGCGCAACAAAGUUCGACGAAUUGCUUUCAGAAAAUUCGGAUAGGAUCUCUUGGUAUGGGGGAGUUUCCUUGGGAAAAGACGUUCAGCUUGACGAGCUUAUGGCCUCUUAUGGUGCCGUUGUUCUGGCCAUUGGUGCCCAAUUAGAAAAUAGAUUACACGUCCCAGGAGAAGAGCUGGCAACUUCCAGCAAGACUUUUACCCAUUGGAUGAAUGGCGCAAACUUUGGACCUUCGCUUUCGUUUGAUAAAAGUUAUGGAAAAUCCUCAAGGUGUGCUCUGGUAAUCGGAAAUGGAAAUGUAGCCCUGGAUACUGCCAGAAGCCUAGUGGGUGAUCCUCAAAGAUUUUCGGGAACAAAUAUAGGCACUUCUGCCAUGAAGGAAUUGUGCUCAAGUACCAUCAGAGAUGUCGCCAUAAUUGGGCGGCGUGGACCAUUACAGGCGUCAUUUGCAGCUAAAGAGCUGAGAGAGAUAUUCAAUCUUUGCCGCCACGAGAAAGUGGGCCUUUUCACCAAUGUUGACAUUCAGUACGAAAACCAUAGCCCGGUUACACGCUCCCAAUCCAUUCUGAUAGACGGCUUGACCAAGGCCACUUUUUUGGAAGAUUUAUCGCAUCGUUGGCCUCCCCUGGAAAGGGAAAAUAGCAACAGUAGAUCGCUGUCCUUCUUUUUCAAUCUUUCGCCUACAAAGUUCAUUAAGAAUCAAACGGAUUCGUCUUUACUUGCAACUGAGGUUGCAAAAAACACAGUUCUCCCGGACGGAUCUAUUGGUACCCACCAUGCGGAAAAUGGCACACCUUCCUCGAUAUCGUUGACAACCUUGCCUUCGGCAUUGGCGGUAACCUGUCUUGGUUAUGGCGUCGGUCCUAUUCCAGGUGCGGAGAACUUUGCACGAACUAAACCAAGAGGCCCAUUAGUCCACAAAAAGGGAUGUGUUAAUCAGGACAUGGGGCUGUUCGUCGCAGGAUGGACCAAGACCGGACCCGCAGGCGCUCUUGCCUCCACAAUGCUAGAUGCCUAUGAAACGGCCGAUUGUAUAGUGUCUAAUCUGCCUCGUUUGAAAGAAACGAAAAACACUGGAGAUUGCAAUUGGCUCCGCCAAGUGUUAUGCGAAAGAAAUAUACCAUGGGUUUCAUAUAGAGAUUGGGCAGGGACCCCAGAAGCUUCUAAAAUUUAA